AUGAAAUCAUCACUUUCCCAUAGAGGACAUAAGAACCUGACUGAUGUUCUUUCUCUAUACACCGAUCCUCAAACCAUUCUCUACAUUGGUCCUAUGGACAUCAGAUACAUUCUCAUCAUCAUAGCCGCCGCUAAAGCUGGUCACACAGCAUUCUUCAGCUCUCACCGUAAUAGUCUGGAUGCCCAUCUGUCUCUGGUAGAACGCAGUGGCUGCUCGGCGCCGGCCGUCCUCGAUCAAAUCCUGAAGGCUCGAUCCAUGAAGGAGAGCCAGGUCAAUCCUCUUCCCUUUACCCUAACUUGGGAAGAGGCUCGCUACAAAACCUUCUGCAUCCGACACACCUCCGGCUCGACCGGUACUCACCCAAGCCCGUCUUCGUUCCCUAUGGAAAAUGGUGUCUUCCUGGCCCUUCGAGUGCUCCAUGCGGCUUGCUUAACAUUCGUUCUAGCAUUCAACAUAUUCUCCGGCGUGACUGUUGUCCUCCCGCCCCUUGGACCACUUACCUCCGACGUUGCCAAUGAAAUCCUCACUUCCGCCAAUCUUGACGGUACGCUACUGGCACCAUCACUGAUCGUGGACCUAUACAACAACCCCAUCCAUCGCCAAAACAUCAUCAAGCACCUCAACCUCCUCUCCUAUGUCGCCGGCUCCCUCCCCAAAAGCCACUGGGAAUACGUGACCGUGAGCCCCUUCUUUGGGCACGAAUUCCAAUCCAACCGUGACGGUCUAUCGGAGCUAGUCCUCGGCCGCCAACCCAACCACGUGCUCUUUCAGGGUGCUUUCUACACCUUCCCAGACAAGCAAGAGUACCGCUUCGGAGACCUUUUCGCGCAACACCCACUUCGCCCGGAGUCCUGGGUAUUCCGGGCGCGGACAGACAAUAUCAUCGCUUUCACCACUGCCGAACAGCUGAAUCCCAUCACAAUGGAGAGCGUGAUUGUAGCGAGCCCCAAGGUGAAAUCCGCCGUUAUCGGCGGUCAAGGCCAAUUCCAGGCCUCCGUGUUCAUUGAGCCAUAUGACUAUCCAGCCUCACCCUCGGAAGAGGAACAAUACUUCCAAGAGUUAUGGCCGUAUAUCACCAAUGCGAAUCGCGGAUGUCCCGCUCACGGCCGCAUCAUGAAAGGCUUCGUCAUGCUCACUUCCCCGGAUAAGCCGCUUCCGCGCGCCGGUAAGGAUUUCGUUCAGCGUCAUGCGGUUUUCAAGCUCUACGCUGCGGAAUGGCAGGCUCUGUAUGAUAGGAUGCGUCCUCAUGUCGCUGCCCCUGUCCCUACUUCUUCUUCUUCUUCUACUUCGUCAUCUCCCUCGCUCUCACCCUCUACCCCUCCUCUCCGUCCCGAGUCCCCCACCACCACAAAUAAAUCGGCAUCAGCCCUAACCACCGAAAUCGAAGAAACAGCCGUCGGAAAAGCCAUGCAGGGGGUUCUCACUCGUCUUCUGACAGGUCUCACUACUGGUUCUGCUACUAUUGCGCCUGCGCCUGCUCUAUCCCCUCCUACAUCCCCCUCCUCCUCCGCCUCCUCUCCUAACACAAACUCCAAUAUCCAUAUCCCCAAACCCGACCUAAAAACCUUCAUCCACGCCCACCUCACAGAAACAUUAGAUCAGCAGCAAGCCUGGACCGACGACUCGGAUCUAUUCCAGUUUGGUCUCGAUUCGCUCAAGGUCAUCGAGCUGAUUGCGGAGGUGAAUAGGUUUCGGAAACAGUGGGAUCCGAAUGCUGCCCCGGUGGAUCAGAAGCUUGUUUAUGCGAAUCCGUCGGUGAAUCAGAUGGUUGGGGUUAUGAGUGGGUAG